GUGGCGUCGCGCGUCUCCACACGUGCAAACAUUUAAAAGUGUGGACGACCUGACGCGUGCGUUUGUUGGACGUUCACUGGGGAUGCGUAGCACAGUCCGCGGCUCUUUGCUGUUGUAACCUCAGCAGGAAAAACGGGCAAAAUGCUGCCGGACGCCUACGGGUGCAUUGUGGCGAACAGGUUCGGGAAUCUUCUGGAUGACGACGCCGACCCCUUCGACUUGAUGAACGAAGUUGAAACGGAGAAGGAGAAGAAGAAAAAGAAGAAGAAGGAAGAGGAGAAGAAGAAAGGCAAGCAGAAAAAACCCGGUCAGAAGGAAUCUCAGAAGGACAGACGCGUCCCCAUCGCUUCGGACGGUCAAGACCCGGUUCCAGUCCAAAAGCAGCAGCAGCAGCAGCAGCAGCAGCCGGCACGUCCUGGGCCAGUGACCGACAGCGGCGAUGGCAGAGAGGAGGCCCAGAGGGGCAUGAAGAGAGCUGGCGCUGGGGAGCGUAGGGCCAACCAAGAGUACCCACAGGAGUUUUCCAUAUCUAAGCCUUCCUAUGUUGCAGACUCUGACCUCAGGGGCAGAGGGGGGAUUAGAAGUAGGAGAGGAGCAAGAGGUGGUGGAGGAUACACAAGGAACCCGGACAACUCCAACCUGAGGGGCAAGAGAGAAUAUGAUCGACACAAUGGAACAGGUAUAUCUCCUGAGGAAAAGAGAGGAGGCAGAGGACCCUGGAACUGGGGCUGUGUUGAGGAAGCUGCAAGUGAAUUAAUGGAGGUGACAUCUGAUGCUUCAGUCAAAUCUGAGGAGCCCCAGAUACCUGUGGAUGAAGAAAAUCAGAAUCGCACAAUGGAAGAGGAGGACGGAGAGAUGGUGGUCCAGGUUGCCAUGGAGAUGACCCUGGACGAGUGGAAAGCCGUGCAGGAGAUGAGUCGUCCAAAGCCAGAGUUUAAUAUCCGCAAAACAGAGAACAAGAUUCCCUCAAAAGCCAAGGUCAUCCACCAGUCAAAGCACCUGGAGAACCUCAAGGGGACCCCAGAAGAAAUGGAGGAUGAAGGCAACUUCCUUCGUAGGUCUGUUAAUGACAUCACCUCCCUCCUGGACAUCAAUUUUGGGAGUCUUGGACGCCCCACUCGUGGGGGUCGUGGAAGGGGAGCACGAGGUGGUCCUACUAGUCGCCCAGAGAGAGUUAAACCCAUAUUGGAGAGGGAGGAUGACCUGGCUCCUAACCCAGAUGACCCAGAAGACUUCCCAGCACUACCAACAGGGAGAUAAUUGCAUACACAUCUGUUUGUUUACCUCCUGUGGGGAAUUUUUGUUGCACUUGCUAGAGAACCGUUUUCAUGUUUCUGCUGUUCUUAAGGUUUGGGAUUCUGUUGCACUGAAGGCACUGCUUUACAUUUGACUACUGGGGAAUAAAUGCUUCUGCAAGUUUA